ACUCAUUUGGCCAGUCACGGGGCCAAAACCAGUGUUUGGAGCCACAGUGUGGCGGUGGAGGCAGCAGCAAUGGGAGGCCAUACAGCAACCUAUGACAAAAUGGAAACCAGCAGGAGUGUGAGGAGACCUCAAAGUGGCACAUGGCAGAGUGGGAGCAAUGGGAGGCGGUACAGGGACCCAGGUCACACUGUGGGCUCAGCAGCAGCGUGACCAGGCGGUACGGGGGCCCAUGGCCGAUUUGGGGCCUGGCGGCACCUAUGGGAGGCCUGUAAUCUGCCAGCAACCUAUGACAAAAUGGAAAACCGCAGGAGUGUGAGGAGACCUCAAAGUGGCACAUGGCAGAGUGGGAGCAAUGGGAGGCCGUACAGGGACCCAGGUCACACUGUGGGCUCAGCA